AUGCUUCCACCAUCAAGAUCAAAGCCUGUUGAAGGAUCAUUUUCUCAAAGUACUGGAAUGAUUUAUAUUUUUAAUAUUAUCGUUGGUACGGGUGCAUUAGCACUUCCAAAAGCUUUUCAUGAAGGUGGUUAUGUGUUGAGUACACUACUUUUAUUGAUACUUGGCUUCUUUAGUUAUAUAUCAGCAACAUAUAUGAUUGAAGCUAUGGCUAUUGCAAAUUUUAUGCGAAGAAAAACACACAAUCGACGCCUUGGUACGAUUGUUCCUCCAACAAGUGAUGAAGAAGAACAAAUUGAAGAGUCAGAUCGAACAGCACUAUUACCUGGUACGAUUAAUAAUGAAGAAGUGUAUAUUUCACCACAAACUCAAGAAAAACAUGAAUUUGAUAUUGUCGAAAAAAUUGAAAUGGGUGAAAUGGCAAAUAUGUUUUUAAAUCAAGUGGGAUUGAUCAUCUUCUAUAUUUGUAUAUCAUUAUAUCUCUUUGGAGAUUUGGCUAUUUAUGGUUCAGCUGUUCCAAAAUCAAUUCGAGAUGUUAUCUGUACAUAUGAACCAAAUCCGUGUACGAAUAUCACUAUUAAUGAUUUAUGUUGGGCAAGUUCUUCAUUAACACGUCAUCAUGUUUAUCAAAUAUUUGUUGCUUUGUUUUUUUGUACAUUGGGUUUAUUCGUUUUUGGUAAUGCACAAAAAACAAAAUUUCUUCAGAUGAUUACAACUCUAUGUCGUUGGUCAGCUUUUCUCUCCAUGAUUAUUCUAUGUCUUGUACAUCUUGCUCAAAAAACCAGUAGUGAACAUCCCGAUCCACCAAUUCGUCCAGCUGUAUUUCGUUUUCGUAGUCUUCCACCACUAUUUGGUAUUUGUGUUUACAGUUUUAUGUGUCAUCAUUCAAUACCUAGUAUAAUAGCACCAAUACGUUCAAAAAAUAAACUUAAAUCUUUAUUUGCAUAUGAUUAUAUAUGUAUCGCUUUAUUUUAUUUAUUAUUAUCAUUAACAGCUGUAUUUACAUUUGAUAAAUUUGAAGAUUUAUAUACAUUAAAUUUUCGUCCAACAACACGAUGUGCUCAAUCAGCAGUUUAUGUACCUAAAUUCUUAGCAUAUUUUAUAUCAUUAUUUCCUGUAUUUACAUUAAGUUCAAGUUUUCCAAUCAUAGGAAUAACAUUACGAAAUAAUCUUGAAACUGUUUUAAAAUCAUGUGUAAAAAUUGGACGAAAACAACGUAUUAUACUUGUUAUAGUUGUUCUUCUAUUUCCUUGUACAGUUAGUAUAGUAACAGAAAAUAUUAAUUUUCUUGUUGGUUUUACGGGUUCAUAUGCUGGUGUUGCUGUACAAUAUGUUAUACCAGCAUUAUUAGUUUAUAAUGCUCGACGUCAAGCACAAUUAAAACUUCGUCGACCAGUCCAUUUUGAAAAUCAAUCAUUUUUUCAAAAUAAAUAUUGGGUUUUUACUGUUCUUUUAUGGGCAUGGUUAGCUGUUAUUGUUAUAACAAUCUAUAAUAUACUUCCAUCGAGAAUUUUUGCGUAA